AUGUCGAGAGAAAAUUCAUCAUCAACUAGUACGGCAAUAACGAUUGAUUGGAAAGGAAAAUGUGAACAAUUAGAAUUUGAACAUCAAUUAGAAAUUGAACGUAUUCGUACACAUUAUGAACAUGAGUUGAAAGAUAAAAUUACAGAUAUCAGCUCUCAACUGAAACAUGAAUAUGAUUAUCGUUUAAAUGAAUUAAGUCGACAUUAUGAACAACAACAACAGCAACAACAACAACAACAGAACUUGAUUUUAAAUAGUACAUUGCCAUAUGACAAUACUAUCGAUGAACAAAUUAGUGAACAAUUGCGUAUAGCUCAACAAUACGAAAAUGACGAACAAAAAAUAAUUAAUAAUUUUUAUCUUCUUCAACAACAGCAAUUGACCGACGAAAAUGAUAAUAUUGAUAUUGAAAAUUUAAAACAUUUAGUUAGUAAAUUGCAUACGGAAGGCGUUCAAGUAUUGACAUUGAGUGAAUUAUUAUUAUUACAAUUAAAUGGUGUCCAUUUCCCAGAAUCGAUAAAACAAUUAUACGACGAAAAUAAUUCAUUAAGAGAGUUGAUUAGCAAUUUCAAUAUUAAUAAUAUUAGUGCAGUUGAAAAUGAUAAUUGGCGAUCAACAUUAAUUCGUUGUUUAGUUGAUAUUUUCUCCAAUGAACAACAAUAUCGAUUAAAUAAUCUAUCUAUGAAUAAUAGUGAUAAUGAGAAAUCAAAACAAUUAGAACAAGAAAUCCAUCAUAUGUGUAAUUAUCAAAAAGAUGCUCUUGAUAAAUUAUUUAGUCAAGAACGUCUAUCACUUAUUAAAGAAUUGAAUGAUACUAAACAACAAUUAUUCUAUAUACGAGAACAAUUUAAACUAAUACAACAAAAUUUAAGACAUGAUCUACGGUUUAAUGAUCAAAAUAAACGUUUGAUAUUGUCAACAUCGUAUGAUGAUGAUAUUAAUUCAUUUAUUUAUGAUAAAAAAAUACCGUAUGAAUAUCAAAAACGUAUACUAAAACUUUAUUUUAAAUAUUUAAAAGCGGAAAGUUAUCGUAAAGCACUCAUCUAUCAGAAACGUUAUCUAAUAAUUUUAUUAUCGGGUUAUGAAGAUACCGAAAAAUAUGCACUAAAUGAAAUUCUACGUUUAAAACAAAAUUUAACAAUUCCAACAUCUUCGGCAUUAAGAUAUGGAAAAUAUCAACAACAGACAAAAUCUUAUUCGAGGAAAACAAAUAAUCUUUUAUUUCUAUUUCGAUCGCGUGUAAGAGCUGUUAUUGCUAUCAUACGAAUGAAGUAUCUUCUUAACAAAUGGAGACAAAGAUUAGCCUUAUGUUAA